GAGACACAAGCAUCAAGUGUUCUUCCUCUAGUUUCCUCUUGUAUUUUCUUCUUCUCUUUUUCUCCUUUUCCUUUAAAUAUGGAGGCUGGAAGAUUAGGAUGCUUUGGGAUCUUCAUCCAAAGGUCUAAGCCAUACAUAGCCAUGAUUUCUCUGCAAUUUGGCUAUGCUGGGAUGAACAUCAUCACUAAGGUUUCCCUCAACAGAGGAAUGAGCCAUUAUGUUCUUGUAGUCUACCGCCACGCCUUUGCUACUACGGUUAUUGCUCCCUUUGCUAUUGUGCUUGAGAGGAAAGUUAGGCCAAAGAUCACAUUCCCAAUUUUCUUGCAAAUAUUUGCGCUGGGUCUUCUUGGGCCUGUGAUUGAUCAAAACUUCUACUACACCGGACUGAAAUUCACCUCGCCAACCUUCUCCUGUGCCUUGAGUAACAUGUUACCCGCCAUGACGUUUGUCAUGGCGGUUCUUUGCAGGAUGGAGAAAGUGGACAUGAAGAAAAUACGAUGUCAAGCAAAGGUGGUGGGAACCAUCGUAACGGUGGCCGGAGCCAUGUUGAUGACAUUGUACAAGGGUCAUGUCAUAAAUUUGUUCUGGUCCAACCACAUCCACACCAACACAACCUCUACCCCUGCCGCCGCUGCUGCAGCCGAUAAGGACUGGCUUAAGGGUUCUAUUCUCCUCAUCUUUGCCACUCUUGCUUGGGCUUCAUUCUUCAUCCUUCAGGCAGUGACACUUAAGAGAUACCAAGCUCAGCUCUCUCUUACAUCUCUAGUUUGCUUCAUCGGCACGUUACAAUCUAUUGCUGUCACAUUUGUGAUGGAGCACAAAUCCUCUGUUUGGACCAUUCGCUGGGACAUCAAUCUUCUUGCGGCUGCCUAUGCUGGGAUAGUCUCAUCAAGUAUUGCAUACUAUGUUCAAGGAAUAGUGAUGCAGAAAAGAGGGCCUGUCUUUGUCACAGCUUUUAGCCCUCUGAUGAUGAUCAUUGUGGCAAUCAUGGGUUCUUUCAUCCUGGCUGAGAAGAUCUAUCUUGGAGGUGUUCUUGGAGCAAUACUAAUAGUAAUGGGACUAUACUCUGUUCUGUGGGGGAAGCACAAGGAAUCCCAAGAAAAAGAAGCUGAACCAAUACUCCCAGAAGCCAUAAAAGGCACUGUAGAAAAUGGCCAAACCAAAGCAAUAACCAUGGCCAACGAUGUCGAAGCUAAUCCUAACACGGCCGCGGUGGUCAUCACUGUUCCAGUGCCGCGGCCGCCAAUGAUUGCCACACAUGCUCUCGAAGCUUAAGCAGGUUUUUUACUAGAAGAAGAGAGAAAAGGAGGGAAAUAAUGGAGGGACGGGCUUUUUGUAAUUUUGACCUCAUUUUUUCUUGUUUCCCCUGCGCUCCUUUUGUUAAUCUUCCUUUUAACUUUGUUUUUUUGUUUAAAUGUUAUGAGACUUUGUAUCGCUGUUGUAGCUAAUAUUCUGUUGACGAAAAGGAAAUGAGAACAACGCAGAACCUUCUUUUUGGUUUCUAAAAUUCUAAUGCAUUUUUUAAUUUAUCAUCUCACUGAAUAAUUGCAUGAAUUUUAU